AUGGAUUAUUGCGACGGCGCUGUUUGGUGGACUACCCAGAACGCCUUCACCUUCUCUGACCACCACCGCCUUCACCUUCUCGACAUGUCUCUCUCCCGUGAAGACUCGCUUUUCCUCGACUCCUCUUUCUCUCCUCAACCGUCUCCACUCUCCACCUCGCUGAGUCCACUCGGUUGGAACAGCUCUUCACUUACCAGAUCUCAAAUCCAUGGAGUGACGACGAUGAAGCUGUGUCCAUCUCUCUCCCCUCCUCCUCCUCCUCUUCACUCGUCUUCUUCUUCAACAACCUAUGGAUCCCCGACAGCGCCUUCAUCCCACACCAACGACGGUGGUGUCAACAAAAUUAUGAAGACUUCAAAUUCAUAUACGAUUAUAGUAGUGUUGUGGACAUGA